ACGCGCAGGGCACGCCGGGAGGCCUUUCGGUCCUCUCCUCCCGCCUCCCGUCGCGCAACGGGAGCUGCGAGCCCCGCUGGCCCCGCCCUCUUCCCCUGCAAUAGGCGGGCAGAGAUGCCGCUCACGUUUGAAGGCGGGACCAUUGUGAGCGCGGGUUCGUAAUUGGCUGUUGCCGUUGCGAGGCGGGGCUGAGGGCGGAGCGGCGGAAGGCGGAAGCGGAGCAUGGCGGCGGGUGCGGGCGGGCUGGUGGUGGCGGCCGUGCUGCUGUUGGCCCUGGCCGGGCCGCGCCCGGUGCCCGCCGAGCUCACGGAUGGCAACAGCGAGCACCUGAAACGGGAGCACUCGCUGAUGAAGCCGUACCAGGGCGCGGGCUCCGCCGCGAUGCCAUUGUGGGACUUCCAGGACAGCACCAUGGUCACCAGCCAGUACGUGCGCCUGACGCCCGACGAGCGCAGUCGGAGGGGCUCCAUCUGGAACCGCGUGCCCUGCUUCCUCAAGGACUGGGAGCUCCACGUCCACUUCAAGAUCCACGGAGCCGGCAAGAAGAACCUGCACGGGGAUGGGCUGGCGCUGUGGUACACGCAGGAGCGCCUGACCUCAGGUCCUGUCUUUGGCAGCAAGGACAACUUCCAUGGACUGGCUAUUUUCCUUGAUACCUAUCCCAAUGAUGAGGCAACAGAGCGCGUGUUCCCCUACAUCUCGGCCAUGGUCAACAACGGCUCCCUGAGCUACGACCACAGCAAGGACGGGCGCUGGACGGAGCUGGCCGGGUGCUCCGCCGACCUGCGCAACCAGAACCACGACACCUUCCUGGCCGUGCGCUACUCGCGGGGCCGGCUCACGGUGAUGACUGAUGUGGAAGACAAGAAUGAAUGGAAGAACUGUAUUGACAUUGCAGGGGUGCAGCUGCCAACUGGGUACUUCUUUGGUGCUUCUGCUGGCACUGGAGAUCUCUCUGACAAUCACGACAUUAUCUCGAUGAAGCUGUUCCAGCUCAUGGUGGAGCACCCUGUAGAAGAUGAGAGCGUUGACUGGACCAAGAUCGAGCCGAGCGUCAGCCUCCUUAAAUCCCCCAAAGACAACGUGGAUGACCCGACGGGGAAUUUCCGGAGCGGGCCGCUGACGGGCUGGAAGGUGUUCCUGCUGCUGCUCUGCGCGCUGCUGGGCAUCAUUGUCUGCGCCGUGGUGGGAGCCGUGGUCUUCCAGAAACGCCAGGAGCGGAACAAACGUUUCUACUAGUGGAGCACCUGUGCCCAAACCCAUCAUUUUUUAUGGGGAGCUGUAAAAAAACCUGUGGUUUCUAAAUGCUGUUUCUGAGAAAUACCAGAAGUAUUUUCUUACCUGUCUGUUUGGCUGUAACCCCCGCCCGGCCCUUGGCCUCCCGCGGGUUGGACUGAGGGGGGUGAUGUGAUGCCCGCUGGCUCCCCAGAGCCGUGGUGUGGGAGCCUGGAGGUUGCUCCCCCGUUUUUCCAGCGCUCCCCCCGCCUUGCUGGGACUUGCUGUGCUGCCUGGGGCAGGUGUGAACAUGAGGAGCUGAGGGGAGGGGGAUGCGAGUGGGGCAUUAAAGGACUGACACCA